CUGAAACAGUAGAACGAGUACAUGUAUACAGUAAUUUGCGAAGAAGAAGAAGACGCAGAAAGAGUCGCUUAUUACUUAUGUUUUUUUAUUAAACCCAGCUGACCACGCGCUCAGUAUGUGGCGCUGCAGGGCUUUCUUUUAUAUAGCGCGUAUUUAAUUGGACAACAACAUGUAAAAUUACAACGUUUUUAUCCGUAAAUUUUGCCCACAUCUGGACUGUUGUAGCUAGCUGGCUAGCGCUGCAUUCGGAGAAGCAUGAGGACCUGUAAUGGAAAUACGGGCGUUAUGGAGCUGUUUGAAAAGGGGAAAGUGGUGAAAAUAUGUGCCCCUAUGGUUCGAUAUUCAAAGCUUGCAUUCCGAACGUUGGUUAGAAAAUACAACUGUGACAUCUGCUUUACUCCAAUGAUUGUUGCUGCCGACUUCAUGCGAUCGACUAAAGCUAGAGACAGUGAAUUCACAACCAAUGAACGUGACCGGCCCCUAAUUGUGCAGUUUGCUGCUCAUGAUGCCCAGACUCUGGCUGAUGCAGCCUGUGUAGUGGCACCUUUUUCAGAUGGUGUUGAUCUUAACUGUGGCUGUCCCCAGAGGUGGGCUAUGUCUGCAGGGUAUGGCGCAUGCCUUAUCAAGAAGCCUGAACUAGUCAAAGACAUGGUCAGACUUGUCAGGAACCAGGUGGACAAUCCAAAGUACACAGCAUCUAUCAAAAUAAGAAUUCACAAGGACCUAAGGAAGACGGUAGAUCUGUGCCAAAAGGCUGAAUCAGCGGGUGUGUCGUGGAUCACUGUCCAUGGUCGUACAGCAGAAGAACGUCACCAACCAGUCCAUUAUGAUGCCAUUAAGACGAUUAAGGACAGUGUGUCUGUACCUGUCAUUGCAAAUGGGGACAUAAAGUACCUGGAGGAUGUGGAGUCUACUUACCAGGUCACUGGUGUUGAUGGUGUAAUGGUGGCACGGGGGUUGCUGGCUAACCCUGCCAUGUUUGCUGGAUAUAAUGACACCCCUUUGGAAUGCAUAUGGGACUGGGUGGACAUUUCUAUAGAGCAGGGGACUCCAUUUACCUGUUUCCACCACCAUCUUAUCUACAUGCUGGAGAGGGUCAGCUCCCAGCCAGAGAGAAAAGUGUUUAAUUCUCUGUCCAGUACCUCAGCGGUAAUAGACUACCUCCAGAACACUUACGGGUCAGUUGAUGAUUUGGGAACCUCGCCAUGCUGAAGUGUUGUGUUUUUAAAUUUCCUUUGUGCCAAAUAAAA